CUCACGCCCUUGCCCAGCCCCGUGCCAGCGCUUCGGUGUCUCGGGUCCGGCCAUUGCUCGGCCUCGACCCCGUCUAGCUGCCGCCCGCCGCCCGGCGCUGGCUUCCACGCGCCGUAACGUCAGCCGGGGCGGUGAGGGUGCCGGGGCCGCGGACGCCGCCGGAAUGACUCGGUCCGGCUCCCAGGUCGCGGACGAGCCAACUGCGGCCCCCGCGGCGGGCGGAGCCGGGGCCUCGGGCCCGCCGACACGCGCGUCUCCUCCGCCCGGUAGGUCCCGGUGUCCAUGGCUUCCUCCCCGGUGGACGCAUCCCGCAGGCGGCAGGAGAAGCGGCGGCAGCUGGACGCGCGCCGCAGCAAGUGCCGCAUUCGCCUGGGCGGCCACAUGGAGCAGUGGUGCCUCCUCAAGGAGCGGCUGGGCUUCUCCCUGCACUCGCAGCUCGCUAAGUUCCUGUUGGACCGGUCCUGAGCCUUUGCCUCCCAAGGGUCUGCAGUAUCUGGUGCUCCUGUCUCAUGCCCACAGCCGAGAGUGCAGCCUGGUGCCAGGGCUUCGGGGGCCCGGGGGCCAAGAUGGGGGGCUUGUGUGGGAGUGCUCUGCAGGCCACACCUUCUCCUGGGGCCCCUCUUCAUGCUCCAUAUCUCCAGAGGAGCCCAAGCCAGCUUCCUGUCCAAAUACUGCCCUGAGAAGCUGGUGUCUGGAGGCCAGGAGCGGGCAGGAGCCUGCAGGUUUGGCAUCUGAGCAUGAUGAGAGGACUCCGGAGGCCAAGUUGCCCAGCAGGGAAGUGGGACCCUUACUGGAGACCUUCCCAACCCCAGGAGAAGACAGGGAGGAGGAAGAUGAGGAUGAAGAGGAGAUGCUCAGUGAUGCCAGCCCAUGGACCUACAGCUCCUCCCCAGACGACAGUGAUCCAGAUGCCCCCAGAGUACUUCCUUCCCCUGUCACCCAUGCACUUAAGGACGGGGAGACACCCCCGGCCCCAGCAGCUCCCCUCAAUCCUCUUGCUGUACCACCUUCAUCAACAUCCUCAUCGGGUUCUGGAGCUCUUCUGCCUACGGAAGUUGGGGUACAGCCAGAACUCAGAGGGACACCUCAAGCAGCCCAGCAGACUGAGCCCCUGGCCAGCGCUGGGAGUCAGGCCCAGUCUGCUCUGACCUUGGCCUGGGAGGAGGACACGACACAGAUCGGCCCCAAGAGAAUUAGGAAAGCUGCCAAAAGAGAGCUGCUGCCUUGUGACUUCCCUGGCUGUGGAAGGAUCUUCUCCAACCGGCAGUAUUUGAAUCACCACAAGAAGUACCAGCACAUCCACCAAAAGUCCUUUUCCUGCCCAGAGCCAGCCUGUGGGAAGUCCUUCAACUUUAAGAAACACUUGAAGGAGCAUGUUAAACUGCACAGUGACACCCGGGACUACAUCUGUGAGUUCUGCGCCCGGUCUUUCCGCACCAGCAGCAACCUCGUCAUCCACCGGCGCAUCCACACUGGAGAGAAACCCCUGCAGUGUGAGAUCUGUGGAUUCACCUGCCGCCAGAAGGCUUCCCUAAACUGGCACCGGCGCAAGCAUGCAGAGACAGCCGCUACUCUGCUCUUCCCCUGUGAGUUUUGCGGCAAGCGUUUCGAGAAGCCAGACAGCGUUGCAGCUCACUGCAGCAAAAGCCAUCCAGCCCUGCUCCCAGUCCCACAAGAGUCACCCGGCCCGUCGGAGCCCUGUCCCAGCAUCUCUCCCUCUGCAACCCUGGGGUCUGGUGAUGAGUCCAGGCCCUCUGUGGUUCCUCAGGCUCUGACCGUGCUCCCUCAGCAGUGAGCAUUCCUGAGCUCUGAGGAACCAGACCCUCGAGACUGAAGAGGAGCAAGGAAGAGAAGUGCCAGGUGCCUGGUGCCCAGAAACCAGGGUGUCAGGGAGUUUAGGGUGGGGGCAGAAAAGCCAGGCUACUUUAGUCUUCCUAAAGGACAGAAUAAACCCAGUAUUUCACAUGGA